AUGCGCCCCGCCCGGAGCGGCGCCCCCCGCUGGCUGCCCCCGGCGCUGCUGCUGCCGCUGCUGCUGUGCUGCCCGCUCGCCGCGCGGGGUGACUGCGGGCUCCCCCCCGACAUGCCGGGCGCCACGGCCCAGCUGGAGGGCCGCACGGCCUUCCCCGCCGGGGCCCAGGUGGGCUACUACUGCAACGAGGGCUUCGCGAAGAUCAUUGGGAAGGUCAACGUGGUGCACUGCCUUUCCAGCGGCGAGUGGACGAGGCUGGAGGUGUUUUGUCAACGUAGCUGUGGGAUUACACCCAGUGUACUUUAUGGACAUAAGAAAGAUAUUUACAUCCCAGUGAGUUAUCACCCAGCGGGUUUCGUUGUGGAAUAUGAGUGUAAUCCGGGCUACGCAAGGAACCAUUCCAUAUCAGCAAACGUAACUUGCCUUCAGAAUUAUACAUGGAGCAAACCAGAAGUAUUUUGCUACAAAAGAUCAUGUCCUGAUCCUGGAAAAAUAGAAAAUGGUCAUAUCAGUAUACCAACUGACAUAUUAUUCACCUCAUACAUCUACUUCUCAUGUGACCCAGGGUACAAAUUAGUUGGUAAAACUUCUACUUCCUGUUAUUAUGAAGGAAAUGAUAUGAUUUGGGAUGAUCCAUUUCCAAAGUGCCAAGUGAAUGUUCCAGCUCCAAAGUCCCCGCCCACCCCUCCACAUCCCACCACAGCAAACGUUCCAGACACGGAAGGCACACCAGCUCUUCAGAAUCUCACUACAAGAACAACACAGAAUCGAACUGUUUUCACGCCACCUAGCACCUCUAAAGGAAGCAGACUCCUUCCGGCAGUGGCGACCAUCACUGCAUCUGGAAACACAUUUAUGACAUUGACAGUUUUGCUUAUGAUGCUGGUAGCCAUUGGCUACAGGACUUAG